AACAGCUUUGUCAUCUUCCAGCAUUGCCAUUGCCCAACAUCGCCUUCCAUAUCCAACAGUGUUCUUGAGUAUAUGUACAGAUUUGUUUUCAAAACCUAUGGUAGCCACACGAUCCACUCAAGCAAAUGAGGAUGGUAUCUUAGUUACACAUCCUUUCGGUAAAUAGAUUGUCCCGCAUCAGGCCGGUAACGGUAUCAAAACUUAAUACGAGAAUACGAAACUCAUCUGAGCCAGAAGUGCAGCACAAUGGCCCUAUCUGCUGCUCAGCCAGAGUACACAUUUAUCAAUCUGACUGACAACCCGGUCAAGAACCGAGAUGAACGCCGCAGCUUUGUCCGCCGGGCGGUUAUGUCAGACUACCACAAGCGGCGGAAACGAUACACGAAUUCUCAAGAUACAAUUUUGAGCCAGCUGAGAACACGAACUUUCCUUGGGGAGUCAGGAGCAGAGUCAGGCCACUCAGAGUCAGUCAGGUUUGAGGGAGCAAUCAAUGACUCGAGUGAUACAUAUAUAGCCCGGUCUCUGACUCCGUUGGAACAGUUCUCAGUAGGCUUAUUCCAGCCAAAGUACUGGGCGGACCCUCAGCAUGCUCAAAUGAGCCGGCUUGUCACGGGUUUUCUAUGUGGCCAAACAAUUAAAGCUGCACAGGACAUGUCAUACGUCGCCUUUAUACAUCGGAAGUUCCAAGGUGCUUGUAAGGAGUUUGACACGAUCAAUAAUCCAUUGAAAAGUUGUGGAGUACUUCUUCGCGCCUUUGCCAGCGGCAGUUCAUCCGCAGAUCUAUACUGUGCUGCAUUGUGGGAUAUAGUGCACGAGCAGCAGGAAGAGAUAUAUAAACAGAUCGAGACGCUCGGCAAGUGGGAACUAUUAUCGGCUAGCCAGGCGAUCACCCUAUAUAUUCUGCUGUGGUUGAGAAUGAGAAGAAGGAACGGUAAAUUUGCCCAUGGCAACAUUGCUCUGCUAUUCACACUUGGAGUAAGAAGCCCUUGGGUACAUUUUCUAUCCAUGUGCAGCGACUAAUAGCUCGUCAACAGAAAAUAUUCAAGUUCCUUACAAGUCAGCAUUUACACACCGAUACAAACAGCUCGACGCUACGUCCAGUUCACAAUUGGAAAGACUGGGUCUUUCAAGAGUCGUGCUUUCGUGUGGCAACCGUGUACUUUAUCCUUACCCUCAUCGUAGCCACGGAUAUUGGCUUUAGCUGUGAUGGACCGUCUGACUGGUGCAUCGAAAAGAUGCCUCUUCCUGCCACUAAAGCAUCGUGGGAGGCAGGCAACGAAGCAGCUUGGAUGGACACCAUUGGUGGAUCUUUAAAUUUUGCAAACAGACCAACAUUUGGCGACCUGUUUAGCAAUAGAGAUCUUCAGCACUGUACAGAUGACUCGUGGGAAGAGGGGUUGGAUGAGAUGGGAUUGAUUAGUUCAGUAGCUAGUUGUUUGUACUCAGAGACUGAUUCAAUAGCAUGAAUGGAUCUUCC